AUGGCCAAAUGCACCAAGAAGGUCAGGAUCGUGGGCAGAUAUGGGACCCGUUACAGUGCCUCCCUCAGGAAAAUGGUGAAGAAAAUUGAAAUCAGCCACCAUGCCAAGUAUGCUUGCUCCUUCUGCAGCAAAACCAAGAUGAAGAGGCGUGCUGUGGGCAUCUGGCCCUGCGGUUCCUGCAUGAAGACAGUAGCUGGUGGAGCCUGGACCUACAACACCACCUCUGCUGUCCCAGUCAAGUCUGCCAUCAGAAGACUGAAGGAAUUGAAAGACCAGGAGAAGCUCCACCAUCUGAAACCUCUAUGGCCUGAAAUUCUUCGACGGACAUUCAUUAAAUACACUUAUAAAGCAAAUUCUAGGCAUUAG